CGAUUGCAGCAAACUACAUUCGUUCUCCAGCAGAGAAGUAGAAACUGCAGUAGCUAAAACAUCAUCAAACGCAACAUGAGAGUUUACCACUUGCUGCUGAUUACAUUCGGCUUGGCGGCGAUCGCUGGCUGUCGAGAGGCUCUGGCCCAUCCACCUAGGGAGGAACCACCGCCUUGUACCCCAACUCCCUGCCCUCCUCCUCCGCCACCGUGUACCACCACACCAUGUCCUCCACCACCACCACCCUGCACCACCACCCCGUGCCCACCUCCACCACCACCCUGCACCACCACUCCGUGCCCUCCUCCACCACCACCUUGCACCACAACCCCGUGUCCACCUCCACCACCACCCUGCACCACCACUCCGUGCCCACCACCCCCACCUUGCGAUCCACCACAACCACCACCACCACCACCGUGCACACCAACUCCCCCACCGUGCACAAGGACUCCACCUCCUCCACCGUGCACUAGGACUCCACCACCACCGCCGUGCACCAGGACUCCACCACCACCGCCAUGCACCAGGACUCCACCACCACCGCCGUGCACCAGGACACCGCCACCAUGCACUAGGACUCCACCACCACCUCCGUGCACCAGAACCCCACCAUGCACCAGAACCCCACCGUGCACCACGACGACAUGCGGGCCGCCUAAGGACGACAACAUAAUUGAUAAUGGCGGUUUAAAUCCAAACCAAACUCUUCCUGAUAAUGGUGAUACUCCCAUAGUUCCAGUUGCCCAGGUGCUCCUCUCGCGCCACGACUGCCGCGGCCAAGACGACGGAACCUACCUGGCCGAUGUGCGUCACUGCCGCCGCUACUACAUAUGCAACAGGCAGAGGUCCAGGCGCCAGUCUUGCCCCAGCGGUUUCUGGUUCGAUCGCGAGCUGAAGACCUGCCGUCUGGCCAGCCUUGUCGACAACUGUAGCGCCAGACGCAACUAAGUUGGCCAGUGUGGCCCUCGCUUGAGCAAAGGAAAUUGGCUUUACAGAAUUUUUUUUUUUUUCAAAGAAUAUAGCUGAGCAAGUGCGAGUUAAAUGUUAACUAUUCCAAAGCAAUAAAUAAAUAUAUCACUGAUUAUACAAGUAAAAA